AUGAGCAAUUAUUCGAACCAACGUGAUUCUCAUUUGGGUGUAGAUUCUGGAGUCUAUGAAAUACCACCCAGACGCGGAAGCUCGACGAUGGAGAUCAUCGUCGAGAAGAUGCCAACGGUUCCCGAAGAACCUCUUUCACUGGGUGUCGAAUAUCCUUUGAAAUACCGAGGACGCAAGUACCAAGACCUCCUUUCCAAGUACGUUCCCGGACUUCCAGACGUACCAGUACUGGAAGGAUGGAGAAAAACAAUGAGGGAACUUCUUCAUGCAAUGAACUUACAUAUAGCUCCCGGUCCAAGGAACUACAUCCUGGAGGAAUUCAAAGAGUUUUCAAGAAAACAGAUUGAAUUCUUCAUUUAUAUAUAUUAUUCCUUCAAAAAUGCAAAGAACCGGUUCAUGGGAUUCGAAGAGUUUCGAUAUUUUAUGAACACAAUGAAGAUGAUCGAUACGAUGACUUUGAGCGAUAUAUUUGAUGGGGCCGACAUCAACCAGGAUGGAGAACUUUCUGCAGAGGAAUUCUUGAUUCUUUUCCGAAUGUCGAACAAUCUGGAUUACUCAAAACCUCUCUCCGUUCUUCGAGAUAUCGCGCAUUCUGAUCAUGCCGAUGUGAACGAUGACAAAAAUGAGCCGGAUAACUGUUCACAAUGCGUGAAAAUUGUUUUGGAUGAGGAUGUUCUGGAGCUAACGACUUGGAAUGCAACUAAAGAAUAUUACAAUUGGAGAAACCAAACAUUUGGAUGUCAGGAUGAACGAAAUUUCUUCUCAACAGCGAAGUCUCUCAUUGGCCAAUCGGAGGAGGAGUCUCAUCCAGCGACCAAGAAUGCUUUAAACUUUCUGUUGACCUUGAAAGCCAAAACAGGCUCAGAAGCGCAAGUUGUUGGCUUCCCAGAUAUGGAGGGAACAAUGAACUUUCCAUCGGUUUCAUGUUUGCCGCAUCAGCAAGCUGAAACCCCGAAGAAAAAGUCGAACCUUCUAUCUCGUGCAAAAAGCUGGAUUCGUUCGAAAAAUGAUUCGGGUAGUUCGAAAUCUUCAAAAUCAGUCAGCCAGAUUCCAAAUGCUUCCAAAUAG